CGUUACAGACGUAUUUUAAGAAUGGCAGUAAAUACAGAUUUAAAAAACGAAAGAGAAAAGUGUACGUUUAAAUUAGAAGAAUUAAUAAACUACAUUGAUGGUGGACCAGAAAAAACGAAGGAGAGGAGGUAUAGACACAAUCUCAUGCUAAGCCACAAGGAGUUAUACGAAGGUGUGCCAGACGUGUACUUGAGUCAUAAAGAGAAGUAUGAGAAUAUCAUCAAAAAGUCUGUCAAGUUCUUCUCGACCCUCAAGAAACUACAGGAGGGCUCCACCUUGGAUCAGUUCAGCGAGAACCUAACUACCCUCCUCCGCUCGCACCCGUUCAUGGAGGGUACGGCUCUGGGGCUGAACUUCAUCAUCUUCCUGCCAGCCAUCCUCGGGCAGGGAGACGACGAGCAGCAGGCGCACUGGAUCAAGAGGAUAUGGAAUUGGGAGAUCAUCGGCAGCUUUGCACAGACGGAGUUAGGCCAUGGCACGUUUAUACGUGGUCUAGAAACCACCGCGACUUACGACGAGCAGACCAAGGAGUUUGUACUGAACACUCCCACAUUAACGGCAUACAAGUGGUGGCCUGGCGCGAUGGGUCACACAGCGAACUACUGUAUAGUAGCGGCGCAACUGUAUACCAAAGGAAAAUGCUACGGUCUCCAUUACUUUGUGAUACAACUGAGAGACGAAGAAACCCAUAUGCCCCUCCCUGGUAUUAAAGUUGGAGAGAUCGGAGUCAAACUGGGCUACAACGGUACCAACAACGGGUUCCUAGGCCUAGACAACGUUAGGGUACCUAGGAAUAGAAUGCUGAUGAAACACGCGCAAGUCCUAGAGGACGGUACGUACGUGAAAUCCAAGAACAGCAAGCUGAACUACGGCACGAUGAUGUACGUGCGCAUGAUCAUAGUGUUCGACACCGUGCAGAUGCUGGCGCGCGUGGUCACCGUCGCCGUCAGAUACUCGGCAGUCAGGCGACAGACCACCUAUAAGACGGGUGAACCAGAGAACCAAAUACUAGACUACCACACCCAAAGACACAAGCUGUUCAUAGCGAUAGCGGCGACCCACGCGCUGCGCAGCGCCGUGCAGGCCGCUUGGGCUUACUUCAACACCGUCAAUGUGGAACUCAAUGAGGGGAAUUAUAAGCGACUACCUGAGAUCCACGCCCAAGCGUGCUGUCUCAAAGCUGUCGCAACGUCAGACGCGACGCGUUUGAUCACAGCAUGCAAGCUAAGCUGCGGCGGGCACGGCUGUAUGCUGUCUUCAGGCUUGCCGUACUCUGAGGCGUACGUCGCCGGCGCCGCCAUAUACGAGGGCGAGAACACUGUGCUGUUCCUGCAGACGGCGAGGUUUUUAGCGAAAGCAUAUCAGCAAGUAGACAACGCAGAAUUGACGCCCGCCAUACAAUAUCUGAAGGAUGCUAGGAAUCACACCCUGGACAAGAAAUGGGAAAACACAAUCGAGUACAUUAUUAAAGGAUUCCAAGUCGUUGCUAUGACCAAAGUAAAGCAGUGUGUAGAGUGUAUGCAGAGGAAGGUGGAGUCUGGCGCGACGUUUGAGCACGCCUGGAAUACCACCUCCGUACGACUCGUGGCGGCCGCUGAGGCACACGCCCGCUUACUAAUAAUAACGUCUUUCGACGAGGAGGUGCGACGAGCGAGUCUGUCCCCCGAGCUCAAGACAGUGAUGCGACAGCUGGCCGAUCUGUAUGCUGUGUACUGGACGCUGGAGAACUUGGGAGAUCUGCUGCAGGUGACGUGUAUGAACGGCGCGGACGUCCAACACUUGCGGUCGUGGUACGAAGACCUGUUGGAACAGCUGCGACCCAACGCCGUAGGGCUGGUUGACGCCUUCGAUAUCGAUGAUAGAAUUCUCGGCUCCACCCUUGGCGCUUCAGACGGGAGAGUCUACGAGCGGCUGAUGGAAGAAGCGCAGAAGAGUCCGCUCAACCAGGAACCAGUCAACUACACCUUCGAGAAGUAUCUCAAACCGUUCUUGAAGGGGAAACUGUGAU